AUGUUCGAGCAUAGACAAAGCUCGCAAAAGCCGAGCAUUGAAUUGCAAAAGAGCUUCAAGCCAUACCUCGAGGCCAUCAAGUUCAACCCCAACCCACCCACCUCGUCGGCCGCUCAGUCGAAUGGUCCGUCGCUGGAUGCUCUCGACGUCGCGACGUUGAACCCUCGCCAAUUCGCCGAGCACCACAACAUCAAGGAUGCCGACCCUACUCCUCGGGCAUCCUCGACGGAACAAUGGAACUUUGGUAGCACCGGCCUCACCCCCUCGGUGCUGGACCCCAACAGCUCCUCGUUCAACACGUUCGCAAACCAGAUGUCAGGCUACUACACACCCACGCCUGGCGGUACGAACACUCUCUACCACCCGCAAGCUGGUGACCUCCACACGCCUGGCUUUGGUAUGGGCCUGAACACUCCGCUGUCUAUGCCAACCUCGGACACGUCGGCCCUUCACGCUCCUCAGCUGGCGCACAUGCAUUCAUUUGCACAUGCUAUGCAGCAUCACCAUCACAAUCACAUGAACCCAUUUGGAAAUCCUGCUCCCCCAUUCCAAAUGCAUCACCAGCCUGCUUUCCCUCCCCACAACUUCCAACAUCAAAUGCCCGUUUUCGACCAACUCGACAGUCAAGCAGCCGAUUCACCCAUGUGUGGUGACAUGAACCUCGACGUCGAAAUGUCCAAUCAACCUCAAAUAGAGCAAAUGUUCCCGCCGCACCUCAGCAACGCUGCACUCGUCGCCAUGCCCCAACAUCCGUCGAGCGAGAACUUCCGUUACCGCGUCACUCUCAAUGCUCCGACCGCCAUGGUCAGAUCGGCCGACGAGAUCCCGGUUACUUACCUUAACAAGGGACAGGCCUACACGCUCAAUGUCCACGACACUGCUCCUCAGCACUCGGUUGUUGGCCAACUCAAAUACCGCACUUUCGUUCGCGUUUCCUUCGAGGAUGACUCUCAAAGACAGCGCCCUGGAGCCUGCUGGCAGCUCUGGAAAGAAGGUAGAGGCACCAACGAAGCCCAUCAACGCGGCGGCCGCCUCCAAGCUGUCGAAUUCGUGGACCAAAACCAAUCGAACGAUCUCAACCGACCAAAGCUGGAGCUCGAGUCGUCCUCGUUCGAUGGCUUUUGCGUGACAUGGAGCCCAUCUCCUAAUGCCCAAGGAAUCGAGUGUCCCAUCUCGGUUCGCUUCAACUUCCUCUCCACCGACUUCAGCCAUUCCAAGGGUGUGAAGGGUAUUCCGGUCCGUCUGUGCACAAAGACCGAGUUGUUGCUCGACUCCAUGUCGCCAUCUCAGCAACCUACCCACGAAGUAUGUUACUGCAAAGUCAAGCUUUUCCGCGACCACGGAGCUGAGCGCAAGCUUUCCAACGAUGUUGCGCACGUCAAAAAGAUGAUCGACAAACUCAAUCAGCAAAUCUCUCAAAUCGAGUCCGGUAUGAGAGAUUCGAGCAAGCGCAAGAGAAGUGGCUCCAUCUCAAAGGUCAAUGCGAUGCCUCAACGACCUGGCAAGGUUCCCAAGCACAAGAGAACUUGGUCUAUGUCAUCUACAGCCUCGACCGGAAGAUCUUCUGCCGAAGAAGACCUGCAAAUGAAGCUUAUCGGACUGCAAGACAUGUUUGGUUCCACCCGACCCAUCAGUGUUCUGUUUUUGAGAGGCGCCGAGGAAGACGACCCAGAUCUUCACCCGGUGAGCCUGACUGGCGAUACUCAGGGCCUUACUCGGGUCGAUACCAACGACACAAACAUGUGGGAUGAUCAGAGUAACAAGGCCAGCUCCGCCAUGGUUUCGCCUACUCCUAGCAACCAAUCGCUACCUUCAAACUUCCGCCGCCCAAGCGCUUUUGGACCACCUUCCCGCGUCAACUCCAACGAAUGGGAUCGCAGCAACUCACAAGUCGCAACUAUGGAUCUCAAGUCUUCAAACCCCCAGCAUUUGGCCAGUCCACCUGAUCAGCCUGUCAAGAUGCAAGCGCAUUCGCCCACUGGUGGUACUUUCGCCGGAUGGUUUGAGGCAAUCGGCGUAGAUUCUGCUUAUCAACCUCCACCCGAGCGCGCUAACAAGCCUCUGGCUUGCUUCUAUCUACAGUCCCGCGGUCAGGGCAAGGCAACCGAUGAUGACUACUACCGCGCAAUUUACCUUUUGCAGAGGAACCUCAAUGAGUUUGUCAGUGCAGCCGCAGCAAAGUUCAGUAUCGAGCCUCAGAAGAUUGUCCGAACAGUGCGCGUCAACCAAAAAGGAAUUCAGAUUCUGAUGGAUGAUGAGGCAAUUCGUGAAUUGCCCGAAGGUCAAGAUAUGAAGGUCGAGUUCGCUACGGUCGACAUGCAACAGAACCAGUGGCAACCCAGAUCGCCUUCCUCAGGCUACGAGCUCAGGCUGGUUUACUAA